AUGCUGCCCUUCCAAUCCAACGUUGGGCGUGAGAUUAAGAAGAUUUCCAGCGUCAAGACUCCUAGUUCCGGACUGAACGCAAGUCACAGACAAGCUCGCGAUAGUUCCGGCCCAGAGAGUGCUGUAACAAUGGCAAUGGCAUGGCGGAAGACAGAUACAAUGUUCGCCGGGUUAGAGCAGAAACUCGAUCCUUCCAACCGCGAAGCUACCGCAAGAGUUCUCCGUCUCCAGACGGCAGCAGGAAAUUUUGCUGCUAUUCGACAGGAAGUGAAGGCACUCAAGAAGAGUGUUGCCCAACAACUUGGAGAUCAAGAUCAAGAACUGGAGAGCCAGAAAGAUCAACACGAGGAAGAAUUGGAUGAACUCCGCAGGAAGCUAUCCGAAAAGGAGCAAGAGAAUGCUCAAUUGAAGACGGAGGUAACAGCUCUUUCCGAGACGAACUCCACUCUCAAGCACGACAAUACAAGAUUGUUGCAUGACUUGGAUUACGAGACGGAGAAGUGCGUAAUGCACCAAAGAUCAAAACACAACCUCAUACACCAGUUGGAGCUUGCAGUCGAUGCCAAGGACUACUUCGAAGCAAAGGAAGAAAACAUGAGACUUCAAGCUCAGAUUGAGGAGGCUGAAGGGGAGAAAGCAAACCUUCAAUUGAUUGUCAACAAGCUGGUGCAAGAUCUCAAUCUUAAAAAACCGCUGAUGUUGGUGGGUGCUGCUGUUAGAUUAAGAUUCCUCGAGCAAGCCAAAGAGUUCGUCAUUAAUAAAAGGGAUCGCCCUGAGCUCAACCGCGAGCUGCGAAACGAGGGGAAUCUGGCAGCCCAUUAUGGCAACAUCAUAGCAGACGAAUCUCUCUUCAAGCUUGAGUAUAUUCCGAUAGAUUGUCUGGAGAUUACUAGGAGAGUAUUCAAAGAGCUAUAUAGCUGUUAUCCAGACCGCCAUCGGUACUUCGAUCCUAUUGAGAUUCGGCUUUCGAACAUCCUUGCUGCUAAUCGAGCCCACCGAAGGACAGAAAGCUCGGCAUCCCAGCGCAAAGACCUAAUGGAGAUGUAUCAACAGCUCCAGGUAUUGCAAGACUCUGACGAACCUUCAACCGUGGAAAUCUCGAAUCAUGUGACGGCGAUCGAGCUGAUAACCGACGACAUCAUUGAUUUGGACUUGAGAACCCGUCGCGGGUAA